GAGAUGUGAGUGAAAAAUAGAGAAUUGUGGGAACGGAGACAAACAAAAAAUGGGCGAGAGGAAAGAUCCCAUUUGGGCAACUUUCAUUGAUUUUAUUUGACUUGCUGGCCGAUAUCAUUCUUAAUUCAUUUACAUUAUUCUGAACUCGUUUAGCCCAUUCAGAAGUAUGGAGGGCGGAGUUUGGGGAAUCGUUAUAGUCAUUUCGGCUUUCAUGAUCCAAGUUUUAACAUUUGGCACCACGGCGAGUAUCGGUAUUUACAAUAUUGAGUUUCUGGAUUACUUUCAUGUUUCAUCCUCCGUGGCCGUCUCUUUGAUAGGAUCAAUCAACUUUGGCGUAUACCUCGGCUCUGGUCCCAUAGUGAGUUUUUUAAUGACCAAGUUUUGCUAUAGAAAAAUUGCUUUAUGUGGCUCUGCGCUUGUGACUGUAGGUCUGCUUGGGAUGCCAUUUAUACCCUAUAUACCCACUAUGUGUUUCUUCUUUGGAGUUUUAACUGGAUUUGGAAACUGCUGCACUUACAUUCCAUCCCAUGUUCUGAGCGGACUUUACUAUGACAAGUAUCGCAGCAUUGCUACAGGAGUCUCCACCAGCGGAUCCGGACUUGGCGCAGCUGCCAUCCCUGUGAUUGUUGGGCUUCUUAUCGACACGUACAGCUGGAAAGGUUCCCUCAUCUUCGUGGCAGCUCUUAAUUUGCAUCUUUUCAUCUUCGCCGCCCUUUUGCGCUAUCCGUCCAAGCCUUCUGCUCCAUCACGGAAGCAGAUUUCAAAGCCGGUGAUAAAACACGAUGACGACAACCCAACGGAAUCGCAAGACGAGAGAAGCAUGCUGGUCACGCCCAAAAAAAAAAGGACGGACGAAAAUUUGGCGGAGAAGUCGAAAUCCGACCGUCCCAAGAGCUGCAGCAGCUUUGCUAGCUAUCAGACUAUAGCUAAUUACGACAACUUUGGGGUCGAUCUUCGUGAAAUCGAUUUCAUUGAUAAACUAAGCACCGCCAGUUCUGCAGAUACUAUAUCCGGGCCAAUGAAAACUUCUUUUAGUCGAGGCUUUUCCGCGGAGUCCAGUGCUGCAGAGAAACCAGUCAAACUUAGGGAAAAUCGCAAAAUCAUACAAAAACGGCCUUCAGAGACUCUUCGCUACAAUGUGGAUAGCCAUAGGGUCAGUUUUCUGGAUGUUUUAUAUCCACGAUCUGUAUCCGGUCAUUCCCUCUUUGCCCUGGGGUCAAGAGGAUCCAGUGUAAUCUACAUUGAGAAUAUUCUGUUACUUGAGCCUCAUCGAUCAGUGUCGGAUAUGAAUAGAAGUAUCUCUAUCGCUUCCAGCAUGCCGCUUUCUUCCAGGCACAUUUACAUUUUUACAAACUACCGUUUCAAUAUUUAUUUCUUGAGUAACGUCAUGUGGAACGCUGGGUACGCCAUCAUCCAAUCGUUUGCACCGGAGUUCCUUCAGGACAAGGGCCUCACCUUAAUGGAGGCCGCCUGGCUGAGCGGUACUUUCGGAUUCGCCAGUUUUCUUGGCGGGAUCUUGGGCGGUGUCGUGGGUAAUGUGGAGAAAAUUAACCGCCAAGUGCUUUACACAGUGGCUUGUGUGAUGAUGGGGGCUGGAGCGAUCGGUUUCCCGCUCUUUCAUGACGUCAUGUUGUACAGUCUCCUCCUCGUGGUCAGCGGACUCUCUUUUGGUGUCAUUCUAGGGCUCCUGAUUGUUGUACUCACAGAUCUAGUAGGAGUUCAGAGUUUAGGCAAUGGCCUCGGGUACCUCAUGCUAUCUAAUGGAUUUGGUACAUUCCUUGGUCCACCUCUAGCCAGUUGUUUAAAAGAGUUGACCGGAGCCUUCGACACAAGCCUUAUACUAGCUGGCUGUCUGUGUGUGGUGGGUGGCCUCAUCAUGUUCUUGAUGCCUUGUUCUUGGUGCAGCCAGGGGACACGACCCAAAGUGGAAGAGUGGAAGAUGGUAGUCCUGUGAUCCUGCUAAAGAGAAUGUCUUGAAUUUAUAAGAUCUAUGUCCUAGCAGCUACUGCUCUCCAAGACUUAAAGGACACAGUACUGGAGGAGUGUUUUUUUUUCUUUUUUUUUCCCUACACAUUCUGCCUCUUUGCCUUAUUUUUUUCUUAAUCAACCGAGUGUCUUUAGAGACCAACAAUGGAUCUUGGCAAGUUUAUAUCAUAUAUAGGAUUUGAGAAAGUAAGGCAACAGUAAAUUAUAUUUAAUUAAAGUAUGACAUUUUAGCAUAAGUUAAAGUUGAAAAUAUCAGUUGGCCGUCGUCAUAGGCGCUAUAUAUAAUUCUGAGUUUAUAGGCAACUGUUCAUACUUUUGUCCUUACUAAUGAAACAUUGUGACUCAUGCGUAUUGCUGAGUUAAGGUAGCUUCAGUUCACUCCUUUAGUAUUGAAGAUAUACGUUUAGUGAGUGACUAUGCAAUAUUUUACACAAAAAGUGCUUCAACUCUGCAGAAAAUACGAAAGUAAAAAAAAAAAGAAGCACCCUGAAAUGACUAUGAAACUGUGUAGUCUGGAAACUUUAAAGAAAUAUUUACGUUUACAAAACAUCGAGAGGUAAAACGUGUCUGCUGAAAAUGUUUUUCAUGUAUUAUUACAAAUGUAAGGAACUAGCUUCUUUAUGUUUCUUUAUUUCAACCUAUGCACUAAUGACUUUUGUAUGAUGUGCCAAGAGCAAUAUGUGUGUAUGUAGCGAUGUUGAUGGGACAUAAUGAAAAAGAACAAGAGAAAUUUCUUUCUUUCAUUAUAAACUUGCACUGAGCGAUUACUUCUCUGCUGUUGUCAUUAUAAAAAUCUAUUUCAAUGAACUGAAUUAUACAGGUCAUGACCUGUGAGAUUAUGUGUUGCUUAGGUAGAACAAUUAGGCCUACAUGAGUAAAUAAUUUAAGUUCCCCUUCCAGACCUUGCAAUCUACGGGGCAGAUGAUGU